UGUAUGCGUAACAUUCAAAUGAAUCCUUUUAGAGUGUUUCCUAAUUUCAUAACAAUUUUUUGGUUUGUGAACUCAAAAAUUUCCCAAGCAUUUGAGGAGAGUGUCCAUCACCCACACCAUUUGCAACUUGGCUGAAUUAAAUCUAUAGUACUACUCCAGGCAAUUAGCUUUCUCUGCUUCAAGAAUCCAACAUACAUGGUGUGUCUUUAUCCAUUCUGUAGACAAAGUAAAUAUUAUAUGUUGAUAUGAUGACAUAAUCAUUCAAGUACCCCUCUCUCUCCCUCUCUCUCAGUUGUGAGUGUGUGUGUUUCUGCGAGGACUGAAAACCUACACUUGAAUGCCCCUCUCAGGGAAGCAGAGCAUGACCACCCUCACUCCUGCAAAUUCUUCAUCAAGAUGGUGCCCAACCCCAGAGCAACUGAUGAUCCUUGAGGAGAUGUACAGGGCUGGCAUCAGAACCCCCAAUGCCUCUCAAAUCCAACACAUCACUGCCCAGCUCUCCCUCUAUGGCAAGAUUGAGGGCAAAAAUGUAUUUUACUGGUUCCAGAACCACAAGGCCAGGGACAGGCAGAAGCUCAGGAGGAAGCUUUGUAAGCAACUGCAGCAACAGCAACUUCUCUAUAAUCACCACCACAAUUAUCAUAAUUACCAUAAUAACCCUUAUCAUCAUCAUCAUCACCAGCAGCAGCAGCAGCAGCAGCAGCAGAGCCUUCUUGGGUACCUUGAUCAUCUCAGCCCUCCUGCUUCUUCUUCUGCUCUUCAACAACUUUCCAACUGUCAUAACUACUCAUCAGCUGGCUUUCUUCCUCCUCCUCAGGUGGGAGUUGAAGAUGCCUUGAUGAACCAGGCGUGGAAGAUGGAGAUCCCACAGAGGGUGGAGAUGGAGAAGUCCGUGAUGAGUAUGUACGGCCGUGAUUGGAUGAUGAUGAUGAUGGAGGAUGUGGGCCCACCCUCUCCAUGUUGUAGUACUAGUACAAGAGCCACUACUACUAGACAACCCCUCAAGACCCUUCAACUCUUCCCCAUCACUGCCACCAAUCUCAAAGAAGAAUCCUCCUCACCCUCCUCACCCUCCUCCUCCAAUCCUCUCUCUCCUCCCACCACCCCCACACCAAAUUACUAAAAACCCCAAGCCAAGCCACUUCUUCUGCUGCAUGCAUCUCUCUCUCUCUCUCUCUCUCUCUCUUUUUCUGUGUGGUGACUUUGUUUAGUGUGUGUCUUGGUUUCUGUUAUGUGUUUUCUGGGCUCUUCUUCUUCUUCUGCUCUGUGAUAUGAAAGAUCUCAAUUGUCUAAUGAGUAGUAGUAGGUUCUGGGUCCUAUAGAGGGAGGGUGGGAUGCCUUCAGUUUCAGUCUAUCAGCCUAUCAGCCUAUCAGCCUAUCAACUUAAAUAUAUAUUUAAAGGAAUGCCCUUUUAUUUAUGUAUAUUUAUACCUAACCUUUCAAACGAAAACCCCACUAGCUAGUACUAUUAUUACUAUUGGCAAUGCUAGAAGAAGUGUAUGCAUCGCAUGCGGCCAGCAUUGGCUUUGUCUCUUGUGUUUAAGCUUAAAGCUGACAAAUUGCACACCCAGACCCAGACUCAGUACUUGAACUGUUGUAUGAAUGUAUGUAGUCAUGUACAAGUCAGCUUUUUAGUGUUUGGUAUUUACUUGGUCUUUUGGACAUUUCGAAACAUGUCAAUGCAACGCAACACAUUCUGAAUGCUAUUAUCUUUAAAUUUUUAAA